GUUUCGUCGUCCCCUGAGCGGAGCCAACGAUCGAACUUCAACCGGCGGAGUUUGACCCGUAUCGCACCACGAACGGUGCGGCUUCAAGGUAGAAAACAAAAGUCCCGCCGCGAUGAGGCUCCGUCUGGCCGGAGCCGUGCUGCUGUCCGCGGCCGCCUACUACGUCUACCUGCCGCUACCGAGCGGCGUGAGCGAGCCCUGGAAGCUGAUGCUGCUGGACGCGCUGUUCCGGAGCUUCAUGCAGGCGAGCGACGUGGCUCACGCGCUGGGCGUGUGCCACCGGGUCCACCUGUUGAACCAGGUGGUGUCCUGGGUGGAGGAAGUGGAGGCUCGCUCCUGCUCCGCCGUGCACGUGACCGACUCCUCGCUGGGCGGCGUGCCCGCACGGGUCUUCCAGCCGAAGGGGGGGAGGCAGCCCAAGAGGGGGGUGGUAUACUUCCACGGCGGAGGAUGGGCGCUGGGCAGCGGACGGAUGCGAUCAUACGACCGUCUCUGUCGGAAGAUGGCGGAGGAGCUGGACUCUGUCGUCAUGUCUGUCGAUUACCGUCUCGCUCCAGAGGUGGUGUUCCCGGAUCAGUACCACGACGCGCUGGCGGCGUCGCGGGCCUUCCUGUCGGCUCAGGUUCUGGAGCACUACAGCAUCGACCCGGAGAGGGUGUGUGUGUCCGGGGACAGCGCCGGGGGAAACCUGGCGGCCGCUGUGGCCCAAGAGCUUGGCUCCGAUGACACGCUGACGGUAAAGUUCAAGGUCCAGGCGUUGAUCUACCCGGUGCUGCAGGCGCUCGACUUCCACACCCCGUCCUACCAGCAGAACCGGGCCGUGCCCAUCCUCUACAGGCCCGUCAUGGCCCGUUUCUGGCUACAGUACCUGGGCGCCGACGCCUCCCUGGAGACCCUCCUGCUCGCCAACAACCACAGCUCCCUGGACCAGCGGGCCAUCGGCGCCGGCGUGCGUUCCAAGCUGGACUGGACUACUCUGCUCCCGGCGGACCGCAGGAAGCACUUCCGGCCCGUGGUGAGGGAAACAGGAUCGCCGCGGGUGAUGGGCGUGGUGCCGGAGCUGAUGGACACCCGGGCGGCGCCGCUGCUGGCGGAGCAGGGCGUCCUCAGCGGGACGCCGAAAGCGUACGUGAUGACUUGCGAGUUCGACGUGCUGCGGGACGACGGGUUGAUGUACGUGAGGCGACUGCGGGACGCCGGCGUCGCGGUGACCAGCGACCACUACGAGGACGGGUUCCACGGCUGCAUGGUGUUCGCGUUCCCGCCAAUGAUGUCCAGUGUCGGAUGGAGGAGCAUGAACAACUACAUCCACUGGCUGGACCAGAACCUGUAGACCACACAGAACCGCUCUGCAGAAAAGGGUUUGUGACACCAAAGAUGUGCCGGAGCAUAAAAUUCCGGUAACCGAGAGCUCCUUUGUUGGUUCUGCAGAGAUGUAACGUGGUUGUUUGGUGGCCAGAAGGUGACAGGUCUAGAUCUACUGCAUCCUGAGCGAGACGCCAGACAAUCAGCUGCUUUGGUUUGGAGCAUCGGCUUCAUAUGUGACAUUUAUAAAAACAAGAACCAAGAGAUCUCCUCCAACAGGCCUCACGAUAUACUUGCUGUCCACCAACGUGGACGUGCUCGGGUGCAAGAAUCCCUUUAGCCAGAGUCUGCAUAGAGAGCUGCAGGAACGAGUCCUCAAACCCAGAAAUGAGUCAGCGUUUCUCUACUUCCUGUUUCCUCGUCUCAAAGUCAAUGUGUUUCUGGUUAGACGUCUGAAAAUGAGGUCUGUGUUUAACACGAGCACGUUUAGCUGUCUGAUAUAAAACAAGUCAGUGAACAAGAGUCCGAAUGAGACGUGAAGUCAUGUCACUGCGGUGGAGUUCCUUUAUAGCCUAACGUUAGCUUUUUACUUCUGUUGAUUGUACUCCUUCUCCCGUCUCCUCGCCCCGUCUCCUCGCCCCGACUCCUCGUCCCGACUCCUCGCCCCAACUCCUUGUCCCGUCCCGACUCCUCGCCCCAACGCCUCGUCCCGUCUCCUCGCCCCGGCCCCUCGCCCCAACCCCUCGCCCCGUCUCCUUGUCCCGUCUCCUCGUCCCAUCCCUACUCCCGUCUC